AUGGUGGAGACCCCCACGGACAUGGAAAUUGUGAAUGACCAACCAAUCACCAGAGAAAUGGGCACACGAUCAUUUUCAUAUAAACAGGCAGUGACAAAUGAAAGCAUGGAAAACCCCAUAAAUUCUGAGGAAACCAACCAACUUUCAGAUGAGGAAGAAGAUGAUGAAGAUGAGGGAGAUGAUAAAACAUGUCCGAUAAUCCGAGUGCCAAAAAAAGAAAAAGCCAGAUUAUGUAGUAAAUGGACACAAACUCUGAUUGUUAAAGUUCUGGGACGCAACGUGGGCUACACUUUCCUCCUGAAACGUCUUCUAGCCUUAUGGCACCCAAAAGCCAACAUGGAGUUGAUCACAAUUGAUAAUGGAUUUUUUCUGGUCAAAUUCGCCUCUGUGGAUGACUAUGAGUUUGCUAAACUUGAGGGACCUUGGAUGGUCCUGGAUCACUAUCUAACUGUGCAAGAAUGGAAGCCUAGCUUCGAUCCCUUCUCUGACAAGACAGAAAAAGUCAUUGCCUGGGUGAGAUUCCCUUGCUUACCAGCGGAGUUCUAUGAUUAUAAAUUCCUGAUGAGAGUGGGCAGAAAAAUAGGCAGACCUAUCAAAAUUGAUACGGCAACCAGUUUGGUAUCUCGGGCAACUUUUGCAAGAUUAUGCGUAGAGAUUGACAUUUCAAAACCUCUUCUUUCCAGAUUCACUCUUGAAGAGAAGACUAGAGGAAUUGUUUAUGAAGGUCUCCACCUAAUUUGUUUCACGUGCGGUAUGUAUGGUCACAAUGCCGAAGGAUGUGCAUUAAAUCACAAAAACUUUUCUGAACAGGAUCUCUCCUUAGAAAAGGAAAAUGACGAGCACGCUAGGAAGAUCCUUGAAAAUGACAAUAAUCUCUCGGUUAAAAGCAAGGUGAACACCAGUAUCAAAGCACCCCCAAACAGGAUGGAAUUUGUAGGGAACUAUGGAUCUUGGAUGAUUGCCCCUAAACCAAGAAGGAUCUAUGAAAAAAAACAAGAUAGGAGAAAGCAAAGGGAUUCAGUAACGAAAGGCCACCAAGAAAAAGGUAAGAAGAAUACUUGGAAUGUCAAUGUUUCAGGCUCAAGGUUUGAAGCACUAUCUGAUGAUAGGGAGAUGGCGGUCGAGGAUAACAUAACAAUGAUAAAUGGCGAUCAACCUGAAUCGUCCCACCGUAACAAAGGGCUUAAGGAAAGAAAUCCAAACAAAGGCAAAGGAAAAAGGCCUUCAACUCAAGACUAUGAGAAGCAAAUUGCUGGAAACAACACCCAUGGACUUCACAAGAUUACCUCAGGAAAAGGUAAGGCUGUUUUAGUCUCGGAACUUCAAGGCAGGACCCUUAAAAGACAACCCAAUCAGGCAGCGGCAGCCAAUGAUCACACUCUUGUAACGGGAGACAAAGAAGGCCGUAAAUCUUCCCAGACUUUUCACACGGAUAAUGAAGAUAUACCAGAAUCCAUGUCCAUUGAUAACUUGCCCAAUUUGGAACAUCAUGGCGAACCCCCGGGAAUCGAUACCAACGGAACGUCUACUGUUGGAGAAGAUGAUCUCUUCAAGGAUAGCCUGGAUUCACCAGGAGAAGGAGAGAUGGAGGUGGAGACCUGA